AUGGCUAAGAAGUAUGACAUAGCUUCUAAACCUGAUGUGAGAGAAUAUAUAAGGUUUUUGAACUUUAGAAAAGUAAAUAAGUCCUUAGCUUAUUUGAAAUCUUCGUUUAAAGAAUUAGAUAUAAUGGUUAAGCAGAAUAAACCAAACGGUAUAUACGCUGGCAUUCACCCAAGAUUUAAUAAAAUCAUCGUAAUUGUAUCAUUGCCACCCGAUCAACGUAUUCAGGCUUUUAUUGAAGCUGCCCGACAAUAUGAUGCGGAUGUAUAUUUUGACCUUAGUCCAACGAUUACUUCUACAUAUAUUAAAAGAAAUAAAAUGUCAUGCAUUGGUGGUGAUAGUGGAGGCCCUGUAUUUUCUUUUUCGGAUUUUUCAGAUUUGGGAUUGGUAACUAUACAUGGCAUAGUAGUAUUGAGUGCAGAUAAUGCUAUUUCCCCUUUCUACCCUUUUAGCAUAAUAUUACCUCGAGAAAUAAUUCUUAAAAGUGCUAAUUUAGAAUUUAUUACUAAAUUUUAA